AUGGCAACUACAUCGUUGGAUCCAAGAGGAGAAAAGACUAUUGAGGAAACUUACCAGAAGGUAACUCAGAUCGAGCACAUCUUGAAACGUCCAGACACUUAUAUUGGCUCAGUCGAAGCUGUAACUGAAACCCUAUGGGUCUUCGACAAAAGCAAAGAAGCAAUGGUUUGCCGCCCAAUAACCUUCGUCCCUGGCUUAUACAAAAUAUUUGAUGAAAUUCUUGUGAAUGCCGCUGACAAUAAGAUUCGCGAUCCGUCGAUGAAUACUAUCAAAGUAACAAUAGACAGAGACAAUAAUUCUAUCUCUAUUUAUAAUAACGGACAAGGGAUUCCGGUAGAAAUACACAAGAAGGAAAAUGUCUAUGUGCCGGAACUAAUAUUUGGACACUUGCUUACAUCCUCUAAUUAUGACGAUACCGAGAAAAAAGUCACUGGUGGACGAAAUGGAUAUGGAGCGAAAUUAUGUAAUAUAUUCAGUACUGA